ACCAAAACUGACAGCGAGAAGAAGAUUGAAUCAUCGAUCGAAGCAGCAGUCAAUGCUGCCACCACCGUUGAAGAACAAAAUCAACAGAAGACACCGGAACGGUCACCCUCACCUGACGUCAUAAUUGUAGAAGAAAGGAAGCCGACGGUAGUAGAGAAGCGGAAAUCGGCUCCUGUAAUUGGUGCCGGGCUAGCCGAAGAGGAUCGUUGCUCGAAGCAGACAGCCGAUUUGAAGGCUCGCUUCCCCGAUCUAGAGGUUUUCCAGCCUUUGAUGAAGUUGAAGCAGCUCGACAGCAGCCUAACGAAGGAAGAUUUGAAGAAUAUGAGCAAGUUCGCCGGCAUGAUCGAUACGUCAAUGAUCGUGAAAUGGUUCCGUGAUUUCGCUCUAGAGCGCCGCGUUGGCCAUAUAAUCUUCUGUGUGGAGCAAGGCGAGUGGCCCGUGGGCAAAUCCUAUUCGGCCUACACCGGUUGCUUGGGUAUCGAUCUAGAUAUUCCGCUGUAUGAGACGAUCAAGCGGGUAAUUCCGGUGAGCGAUGAUCAUGUGCGACGGUCAGCGUCCAGUACACCGGACGUGAUCACGAUCACUACCGAUCAUCAGAACGCGAAGCAGAUCAGUCAGGCGGUGGCUAUGCAACAACAAUCGUCCGUUGGAGCAGCUGGAGCAGGUGUUGGGAGUGCUGGCAUGAUGAUGAGUGGCGGAGCGACUGGUAGUGGUUCGCAGAUGACAGCCAUGACUGGUUCAUCGUCAUCGAUCAACCAAAGCAUGUCGGCGGCAGUCGCCGCACACGCAGCAGCUGCAGCCGCUGCUGCGGCAGGAGUCAGUAGUGUGCACAUGCCGGUAACAAGUAAGAAACGCAAGCGUCACAUUGCUAUCGAUGUUGAAACAGAGCGAGCAAAACUGCAUGCGCUGCUGAAUAAUACCCAAAGUCCAGUACCUACACUGAGCAAAUCGCAAGUAUCGCAUUCCUCUUCGGCGCAAAACAGUGCCGGUGGUGCUGGAGGUCUUCAGUGGAAUGACGAUGAUGUACAGGAGGUACGCAGUAGUGCCCGAGGUGGUGGCAGUGGCAGUGGAAGCGGUACGAAUGCGAACGCUUUACAACCACCACCAGCUCAUCAACAUGGAGCAAGGAAUCAGAUGUCGUACCCGAAACCGACACUGAUUCCUGGUACCUCGAGCACGCUUACUCCGAUUGAUCUAUCAUCCAGCUACAGCCUGCCCAAGGUGAAUAUUGCGGAGAUGAUCAAGAACAGCAGUGUUGCGGCAGCGGCGGCUGCUGCGGCUGCAGCUGCUGCGGGCGGUCCAAUGGAUCUGAGCGAGGUGCAAGACUUUUCAAUCGGAAAGAAUAAGAAAUCCUCUAACAGCCACCAGUCGCACCAUCAACAGCAUCUGCCGAGUGGUAUAAGCAUUACCAGUGCAUCUGGGCCGGGAGGCAUGAUGCAGUCCCCGUCAGCUGCAGUUGCUGCUGCAGCGGCUGCUGGUAAGGGCAAACUAAACGACAUGCUCUCGAAGUUGAUGAAAAAGAACAACGUUAGCGUUCCGAUUGAAGAGCCACCAUUGGGUAAAGAAAAGAAGCGCCGCAAGCUAGAUGAGAUCGUGCUCGGACUAUCGGCUGCAAAGGAGCACAAGACGAUCUUUGGUGAUCCGACACCGCCCGGUGGCAGUUUCUCGGGAAGCUCCAUGAAAAAACCUCAGAUUCCGCCGUCCGUAUCCGUAACACCGGCUAGUGCACCAACGUCCGUAAGCCAGCAACCACAGCAGAAACCGUUUACCAUCACAGUGACGAGUGUUCCUGGUAAUCCGGGCAAGAAUCAAGGAGGAAGUAACUCAUCCGGAGGGGGCGGCGUAGGAAACAGCAGUGCGAACAGCAACAAUGCCGCCAUGGCGGCAGCAAGUAUGCAAGCAACACUUCAGGGCAUGUCGGGCCUAUCGUCGAAGGACAGCUUGAAUGCACUGUUUGCGCAGGCGGCACAGGUUGAACAGCAACAGUUCCUGAAGCAACAGCAGAAACUCAUCCAAUCGAUGCCCGCCAACUCACCACAGCGUAAGGCGUACGAGGCAAUGUUUGCCGAAAUGAAGCAGGCGGCCGAACUGAGCUCUAAGCUUGGUCAGUACAGUAGUGCCCACGAUGCGAAGGUGAACAAGUGGCUUGCGGAGCAGACAGCAGCGCUGACGGAGCAGGCAUUAGGUAUGGAUUAUCUAUCGCGUUCCCGGUCUCGCGGUGGCUCGUCGGGUCAGUCUUCUCAGGGAGGCGGAUCCGGCACUGGUGGUUCGGGUUCUCGAUCUACUCGGGGAUCCGCUAGUGCCAACAGCAUGUUACAACAACAGCAGCAGCAGCAGCAGCAACAGCAACAGCAACAACAACAGCAUCAACAUCAUCAUCAACAACAACAGCAACAACAGCAGCAGCAACAACAACAAGCUGAAAGCAAUGCUAUGGCAUUCAACUGGAAGAAUCUAACCGGUGAUGAGUAUGUUGCCGUUAUCAACAAGAUCAAUGGUAAACGACUGACUGGCAAUAAGGCCCCGCAACUAAAGCGUCUAACACAGUGGCUGGCUGACAACCCGGCAUACGAGAUCGAUCCGAAGUGGGCCGAAUCGAUCACCCUUCCCGGCGGACCAUCAUCAUCCGUUGGGAUGUCAAAGGGAGGCGGUGCCGAUGGAGGAAGCCAGAGUAGUUCGUCUUCGGCCAAGCAAAUGCGAUCGCAGCAGAAUUCAGCGAAUCAGUACGGCAGCAGUGGGUCGGGAAGUGGUGGCGGCGGCUCUGGGUCGACGUCUGGUAGCCAGCAGCAGCAAUCAUCAUCCAGCUCUACCUCUUCAUCAUCGAAGAAACACUCACAACAGAGCAAUGCUGCCGCUGCUGCCGCGGCGGCGGCUGCUGCUGCCAGCAUGCAGUUCCCAGGGCUGGCCGGGUUGAAUGCGAAUCUACUCUCGAGUAUACCGGGGCUGGGAAGUUUCGAUCCGAAGAAUAAUCCACUGCUGAUGCCGUUCGGCGGUAUGCCCGGGUUGGCAGGACUCGGUGGCUUGGGUAAUCUCAACAACAUGAAUCUCUUCUCGAAUCUGGCCGGACUUGGUGGAUUAUCGGCGGCCGCCGGUAUGGAUGCGCAGAGCUUAGCUGCUAUGAUGGCGGCUGCCGGAUUGGAUCCAACAGCAGCAGCCCUCGGAGCGGCGGCUGCGGCUGCUUCCUCUUCCAGUACCCCAACGAAGGGUGGUGCCGGCGGAGGUGGUGGAGGUAAAUCACGUAAAUCGGCCUCGGCUGCCGUUAAUGAUGGUGCAGGAACGUCAUCGUCUGGUGCUGGAGGGCAGAGCGGUGGUUCCAGUUCGAAAGGUGGAAGUUCUUCGCAGCAACAGCAAGCAGCAGCUGCGGCUGCAGCUGCAGCUGCCGCGGCCAACAGCCAGUUUCCGUUCUUCUUUCCGAAUCCGAGCCUACUGUACACGCCGCUUGGACUCGGCGGUCUUAAUCCGUACGGUUUGCCUGGUGCCGGCGGAUUGGGUACGAGUGGGACCACUACCGGUACAUCAUCGUCAACGACGACCUCACGCCAAUCGCAAUCCGGAAAGCAAAACUCACGCGGUGGCAUGGGUUCGGGAUCGUCUCAAUCUGCCGGUUCUCCUGGUGGAAAAGGCGGGCGUGGAGCAUCGUCGGGUUUGAGCCAACAACAGGCCGCCGCUGCGGCAGCCGCUGCUCAUCAACAGGCAGCUCGUGAAGCGGCCCAGCUACAGCUACUGCUUCCACACGAUACGCACCUGAUUGAAUCACUGACUCGUUCGGCCGGCCUUGACAUCUCUGCGGCCGCUGCUGCAGCUGCCGCUGCCGCCGCUUCCCAAGGUGGUAGUGGUAGUGCAUCAUCAGGUGGUUCCGGCAGUGGUCGAGGAGGAUCAAGUGCUGCAGAGAAACAACGUGCUCGUGAAAGUGCUGCUCAGCAGGCCAACAAGCAGGCACUAGAGAAGCUAGAACGAGAACGACGUAAAAUACUCGAAACACUUACCGCCGGUGGUUUUCCGGCCGACCUAGCCGCCAUGCAGGCGUUUGCGACGGGCAAAAUGCCCUCCGCUUCUUCAUCGUCGUCAUCGCACUCGUCGUCGAAGGGAGGAGGAAGCGGUGGUAGUAGCAGUUCCCAGCAACAACAGGCUCAAGCAGCGGCAGCCGCUGCAGCAAUGGCAGCCAUGUCCGGCAAGGAUCUACCUUUGCCGAUACCGCCCGAGUUCAGCCAAGCACUGUUUGCCGGAAUGGCAGCACACGCCCUAUCCGCGACUGGUUCGGGCGCUGGUUCUAGCGGCAGUGGGCGCUCAUCGUCACCCUCCGCCGCAAAGAAGGCUCGAGAUCAGGAUCUGAAGGAUGCGUUUGAGCAGCUGAGCAAGAAUCCGAUUGAGCUGCUUGCCCGAAGCCUAGGGGUUGGACCGGCGAUCUCUCUUAUUCCAACCUCGUCAUCGACGUCCUCAACACCGUCACCAUCGGAAUCGAAACGAGCACGACAGGAAGCCGCCCAGCUGCAACAUCAUCUGUCGAAGCUAGAUCCUAAGACGUUACUGCUAGGGGGUGGUGCCACGUCAGAGGAGAUGAAAUCACCUCGUACAGGCCGUUCUUCCAGUAGUACCGCGACAGCAGCAGAAUCAUUGCUUGGACUCGACAAGGUGACUCUAACACCUGUAGCUGCAGCCAGCAUCGCAGCGUCGCUUCCCUCGCAGACCACCAUCUCCUUGGCACCGUCGCCUCUGCCGGGAGGAGCAGGUGGUAGCUCAGCAUCUCUCAAUCUUAGCUCGAAGAGUCCGGCCCUGUCCAGUUCAUCAUCUUCGAGCAGUAAUUUGGAACGAGAGCUGAGGGAGCGAGAGCGUGAACAUCAGCGUGAACGCGAACGAGAGCGAGAGCGGGAACGAAACGAACGUCACGAGCGACACGAACGGGAUCGGUUAGAUAGAAUAGAGCGACGAGAUCGUGAGGAACAGCGGGCGUUGGCAGCCGCUUCGGCAAUGGCAGCUGCCGCCGAUCGAAUGGAACGCUCCGAGCGAAGUCUCCGCUCAUCAGUGGAUAGUGUGGCGGCCGAUUUGAGUCGUGCCGCAGCGGCUGGAUUAUCCGUUUCGUUAACCAAUCCCGGAGCAGCUGGUAGCUCUAGCAACAGCACUAGUAUGCUGGGUGCUUCCCUCUCAUUAGCUGCCCUCGGAGCACAGAACCUAACCGCCAGCUGUUCGAUUGGCGCUCCGUUGUCGAGCGAGACCAGUGGAGGUUCAGGCCGCGGUGGCAGUUUACGUAAUAACGAAAGUGGCAGCGGUAGCAGUGGUGUAGCAGGUGCAUCGGAAUCCGCGACCUCUCAGGAAAGGUCUGGUGGUCAGGAGAUGGAUCUGGAAGAUCUGAUUGCACCUUCGAAAUUGUCGAAGUCUGGUGGUGGUGUGCUCAGCGAGGAGGACGAUCCGCAGAAGCAGAUCAUGUUGCUGAAACAGAAGCAGAAAUUGCUGCAACAGGAGCACCUGAAAAAGGUGCACGAAGCACAAGAAGCGCAGCGAUUGAUCGAACAGCAACGUAUCGCAGCGGUCGAGCAGAAGAAGCACGAGCAACAGUUGCAGCAACAGCAGCAACAGCAGCAACAGCAGCAACAGCAGCAACAGCAGCAACAACAGCAACAACAGUUGCAGCAACAGCAGCAGCAGCAGCAACAACAACAACAGCAGCUUGGCAGCGCCGAUCCUGCCUACAAUCAUCAACAGAUGCCUGCAUCCAACCCUAACCCGGAAGAUCCAUCCGAAUCGGCAUUGCUACGGAAUCGUGAAUCGUCGAAACGUCGUCGCGGUGAAAGCGAGCACGAGGAAGAGGCAUCUUCAGGUAGGGGUUCAGUCGAAUUGCACCACCAGCCACCACAUCAUCACCACCAUCAGGAGGUUGAUUUGAGCCGCGUUGCAUCGAAGCGAACCAGCGAAGAUGUGUCUCCCUUGGUGGGCGGAGAGGAAUCGCAACGAGAAGCAGCAGCUGUAGCCGCUACCCAUUCUGCCGUUGGCGGAUCCACACAUCACGAUUCGUAUCAUGAAGAAGCAAGACGUCGUGAGCAUUCGCUGGACAAGGAAGGUGGUGCAAGCGGAAUAGGUGAAUCGGAUCACGAAGGAGGUGGUGGUGCUGCCGGUGCCGAGGAAAGACGCAGAACGUCGCGACGCCACAACCCCCAGCAGUCGUCAUUGCAGGGAGAGGAUGAGGCGAAUCGAUCGGAGUCGGAGAGUCGCAACGAUCUGUCCGGGCAUGGACAGACACGCAAAUCCACUCGCUCCAGUGUGGAUGCAGCCAACUCGAGUGAGUGUGAAUCAAACGGUGGCGGCGGAGGGUCUUCGCUAACAUCAGCAGCCGCACUGGCAGGAUCUUCCGGAUCAGGCGGUGGUAGUGCUCGACGAACGACUCGUAGCAAAAGGCCUCGCAGUGGAGAAGACCUCGAGUCAGUGGGCGUACCGGAGCGGAAGCGUGAACUGCGAUCCAGUGCCGGACGUCAGGCGGCGGCAGCAGCAGCACGAAUGGCUGCCGAAGCGAAGGCAGCCGCUGCUGCAGCGGCGGCAGCAGCCGCAUCGGGAGGAUUCUCCGACAGUAGCACCGGUUCGCUAAAUCUCUCCAGCAAGGACCAUCAUCUGCAACAGCACGAUUCGGACGAUCAACAGAUUUGACCGAAAACCGGCAAAUGACGGAUAUAAAUAGAGUAGGUGUGCUAACGGACGGUGGUCUGAACACAUUAGUUUAGGCCCAAAAAAUAGUGACACUGAUAUUAAGACGAGAUAUCUAGAUUCCCAUUGUUGUGACUAACACCUCCAGUCUGGAAGCCAUGGUGAUAUUGUCAAAUGCGUGUAAUCAGCAUUAGGUGUCGUUAGACGGGAGACGGGAAAUAUGAGAGUGAAUGAAAAUAAUUGAUGUGUUGGGCUUACGUUACGGUCGUUAGAUUGUGUUACGCUCAAAAGAAUGACGAUCAUUUAUAAAAAUUGUGGGAAAUGAUCGGCAUUUGCUGACCGUAAACGGUGACAUAAACAGAAUGUUCCUUUCAUGGAAGCGUUUUUCACAGAUGUUGGAGCACACUCAUUCAAUCCGUAUUUUUGCAACACCAGGACACCGACAAUCCAGCUAAAAGGGAUGUUUUGGCGAUUACAGAACCACACAUACACACUAUUUGGUCACUUUCAAAUGGUCGUCUCUCAAAACAGCAGAUUGAGGAUAAAAAUGAAACACAAGAGUUGUAUAAAAUAGAAAGAUAGAAGCAUGCAACAAGAGAGCAUAGAAGAAACUUUAACAAACCUGAAGAGAGCGAGAGAUAAAGAGAGAGAGAGAGUAGAGUUCAACGGAUUAGAACACUAGUAGGGCGAUCGAGCGCACCGCCCGUAAAAAUAAGGAUAAAAUGCGCCUAUAGGUAACAGACACACAUCUAUAUAUAUCUACACAUAAAUAUAUAUAUAGACUUGGGUAAUCCCAUAUCAUCAUCCAACAUAUAAAGUGGAAGAAGUAGGUUUAGGUGUAGUAUGUUGUGGGUAGCAGCCUACUAGGCAGUAAUGGUAUGAUGGCAAAGGGAAACGAGAAACGUGAGAACGAGCAGUUCGCUUUUCGCCACACCCCGCACCAUGUGCAGCAGCCACUCUCCAACUACCACUUCGCCUCCCAAUCGCGAGACUGGCAAAUUCUGAAAUGCGCUUGAUAGAGGGUGCUUCAACCGCCCUCUCAUGUGCCGCCAACCAGGUUUCGGUGUGCGCGCGCUAUAAUAGUGUUUUGAGGGUGGGAUAAUUAGUUGUCCCUCGUCUUCGCUAAGUUAGUCAUUUAGAAAACAAUUUAAAUAAUAACCAUUAUUUAUUUUUGACAUUAUUAUGUUUUUUUUUUAACUACACUAGAGGACUUUUAGGCCCUCCUAGAAGAGAUAAGGGAGAAAAAACGAAGAACGGAAAGGCAAGAAAUGGAUCAAAAGGCAUUCCUAGGUGUAGUAGCCAGCCAUCCAGACGAUAAGCAAAACCAUCAUCAGCUAGCGCUAGCGAAGAGGUGCCAACCCAUCUUUCUUGGAACAGGAGGACGGUGUUGUGCGCUAGGCGCAGUGUAGUUUUGUUGUGCAGUAGGCCUAGGCGGAAGAUUGUGUGUGUUUUGCCAUUUACUUCUUGUGUACAUAUACAUAUUAACCUACCUGAGCAUUCUUAAUUUCCUUCGUCUCCCUCCCAUUCUUCUUGUUCUUCUCUAUAAAAUUGUGUCCGCCGAAUGGUUAACGCACGCCGUAGGGAGAGAGAAACAGGGGAGGGCGAAAAGAAGAUAAAAGAUUGAGAACACAGCUGCACCUUCGUUUUAUCUAGACUUAAAAAAGAAUGAAGAAAGUUAAAAACUAAUCACACUAAAACGGAAAGUGCGUGAGAAAAUAGAGAUGAGCGAUGAUUAGCAAAAACGGAGGUAAACAAAUGUUUAAGUGCUGUGCUGGAAAGAGAGAGGGAGACAGAGAGAGACAGAGAUAUGGCGCUUGCGUCUGUGAAGAAAUGAUUAGUGUAAAGGAGGUGGGGAAUGAAAUCUUAAAAAAAAACAUUAACAUAUUCAAAUGGAAACAGGAGAACGGAAAAAUGUAACUACUCAUACAAACGGCAAAAUAGCAAAACAGAAAAUUAUGAAUGUAAACGCUCUCCCCUAAUCACUGUCAUCUGUACCACAGAAUCACUGACAUGGUGAUGAAAGGAUAUGGUGGCAGUGGUUAGGUGCAUAUUUGACAUGCCCCCCCCCCCCUCCCCCCCCCCAGAAGAAAACCGAAUACAAAAGGAUACACAGAACAAAAAAAAAGAUCGGCAGGAGAGAUAGAGUGUAGCCAGUUGAUUGCGGAAGAGCAAGCGCUUUGACAGACUUAGAGCAAAGGGAAGAAGGUGGGUGAAUGAGGCGAAAUGAAAAUCGGGAAUGUAAUAAAUGGCGAUUGUUUAAUGAA